AUGAAUUUUCUUUACCACCUGUUAUAAAAGCCCCUUGAAAAGUUAAACGAGGUAUACUUUCCCAUUCACCACAAGGAUGAUAAGCUACUUGAAGGUCUUUCUGUUGCUAGCCCUUCUGAUCCCCAACAUAGAAUCUGGCUGGUCGUAUAAAAAAUGCGCCAAUGGGCGGGGAUACUGUCAAUCAGUUCGCGCCCCUUGCAAGGAGAUAGGAAGUCGUUCGGAAUGUGGGCCGAAGGAAAAGUGCUGCAAGAGGAACUAAAGGAACAGUUCGUACUACGUUUUGACCAAGAUGAUGCUUCUUCCUUUCCUAUUUAAAAUAAAAAGCUUACUUAAAGGGCCUUUUCUGUUAACAGAUUUUCUCCUUAAAGCUUCCUAUGUCAGGAUAAGUUAAAUUACCCCUUUAAAGUCUGUAUUUAAAAAUUUUGCUGUCAACUUUUUUAAUAAAGUUUGUUCAAAGAAAA